AUGGAGCAGAGUGGGAUGGAGAUUCCCGUGACCCUCAUCAUUAAGGCGCCGAAUCAGAAAUACAGUGACCAGACCAUUAGCUGCUUCUUGAACUGGACCGUGGGGAAGCUAAAAUCGCAUCUCUCUAACGUGUACCCUAGCAAACCAUUGACGAAGGAUCAGAGAUUGGUGUAUUCGGGCAGACUGCUUCCCGAUCAUCUGCAGCUGAAAGACAUUCUCAGAAAACAAGACGAGUAUCACAUGGUCCACCUGGUGUGUACUUCCCGAUCUCCUCCCAGCUCUCCACACUCCAGCAGCCGUCCAGAAGGUUGUGAAGCGUUGGCAUCUAGUAGCAGUUCUAGUUCAGAUCAGUCAGGAUCAACAACUCCAUCACCCAGUCAAGAAACCUUGCCGUUAGCUGUCAGUUCUUCCUCAGAAGGACUGAGGCAGCGUUCCCUCCCUCAAGCACAGACGGACCCCGCACAGAGUCAUCAGUUCCCAUACGUAAUGCAAGGAAACGUAGACCACCAGCUUCCCGGACAAGCUGCUCCAGCCGGAUUCCCAGUGUACCCCGCUUUCAACCCGCUGCAGGUGCUGUGGUGGCAGCAGAUGUAUGCUCAUCAGUAUUAUAUGCAAUAUCAAGCUGCAGUUUCAGCUCAGGCCACAUCAGAUGCCACUCCCGCCCAGCCUGCGCCUUCACAGCCUCUAAAUUUGGCACGACUUCCUGGAGAAGAACCCCCACCAGCUGCUAACUUAGUGGCCCGAGAAAAUCGACCCAUGAAUGAGAAUGUUCAGAUGAAUGCCCAGGGAGGUCCGGUGCUAAACGAAGAAGAUUUCAAUCGAGACUGGCUAGACUGGAUGUAUACGUUCUCACGAGCCGCCAUCCUGCUUAGCAUUGUGUACUUCUAUUCCUCUUUUAGUCGUUUUGUCAUGGUCAUGGGAGCCAUGCUACUGGUUUAUUUACACCAAGCUGGAUGGUUUCCUUUUAGGCAAGAAGGAGGUCAGCAGCAGGCUCCCAACAAUAAUGCUGAAGUUAAUCAUGGACAGAAUGCAGACCACCUAGAACUUGAAGAAAUGGAGCGUCUCAUGGAUGAUGGGCUUGAAGAUGAGCAUGGAGAAGAGGCAGGCGAAGACGGUAGUGCACUCCACAGGCCUGGACUCAUGGCGUCCGCGUGGGCUUUCAUCACCAGCUUCUUCACUUCACUAAUACCAGAGGGGCCUCCCCAGGUUGCCAAUUAG